AUGUCCAUGGCGAGCUCCCAACACUCGCGGCCUCCCUUGAUGGACGUCUCCAAGCGAGUCAACAGUGCUCCAAUUGCCUCAUCCCCCAAGCCUAACAAGACUUGUGGCGAUGAUCAUCUCAAAGAGAACGCUCCUUAUUAUGCUGGCAACCCGUCCAGCCCCCCCAAGAGUGCUACAGUGUCUGCCCGUUCUUCUGUUCCGGCCAACGCACGACUCUCAGCCGUUUCAGAGGAAGGAUCCUAUGUCCAUGCUCAAGUAUCUACCGCACAGGCGGCGAAGAGAUCCAAGCCAGCUUUGAAGGAUGUUGUCAAGGAGCCCAAGAUCCGGUCUUACGUAGGGCCAUGGCAGCUCGGGAAGAGUCUCGGAGCGGGCUCCUCCGCCCGUGUACGGCUCGCUCGCCAUCGGGUUACCCACCAGUCCGUUGCUGUGAAGAUCAUGUCGAGGAAGCAGGUUCAGCUUAGUUCCUCUGGAAGCAUUGCUCGACUUGACGAGCUGGAGAUGAAGCAAGGUCCCGGCCCCGAUGGUGUCAAACGCAUGCCUCUUGCCUUGGAGCGAGAGAUCGCAAUCCUCGCGCUCAUGGACCACCCGAAUAUCAUGAAGCUCUACGACAUAUGGGAGACCGACUCAGAGAUAUACCUGAUGUUGGAAUAUGUCGAGCAUGGCGAUCUAUUCCACUACAUCAACCGAGUAGGGCACAUGUCAGAACCAGAUGCUGCCUACAUCUUCAGGCAACUUAUGAGCGCUUUGGAGUAUUGUCAGGAAUUCAACAUCUGCCAUCGGGACCUUAAGCCCGAGAACAUCCUGCUCACAGAGGAUGGCCAUGUCAAGGUAUGUGACUUCGGCCUGGCCGCCUUGCAUCAGAAUCCGCAGGACAAGCUUCGAUCCGGAUGCGGAAGUCCUCAUUAUGCUGCCCCCGAGCUCCUCAGAAGGAGACAGUACCGGGGAGACAAGGCGGAUAACUGGAGCAUGGGCGUUAUCCUCUUCGCCAUGGUAGCCGGUCGCUUGCCGUUCGACCAAAGCAAUACGGACGAGAUGAUGUGGCACGCGAAGCGAGCCGCCUACGAGAUGCCGGAUUUCUUCAGCCUCGAACUUCAGGAUUUCAUCAGUCGUAUACUACAGGUGAACCCUGAUAAGCGAAUGUCAAUCCGCGAGAUGUGGCAACACCCCUUCAUUACGAGAUAUGACAACCAUCCUUCCUUUCAAAACCAGCGCGUUCAGGCUGCAAAUGUUAGGAAGAAUAAGCGAUUUGAUGCAAUCGAUCCCGAAGACCUCAAUCCAGAUGUCUUUCGACAACUUCACGCCAUGUGGCAUGCCUUGAGCGAUAAGGAGUUGACAGCAAAGCUCAUCGGCAAAGAACCGAAUGACCAGAAAAUGUUCUACCACCUUAUCAGCAGUAUUCGGGGCAAAGCAGGUGUUCGUGCCAAUACCCGAUACAAGCGGGGGGUCGACUUCUCCAGAGUUCGACAGCGCUCUGUUGACCCUCAACCCAAUGCUCCUCCUACGAUCAGCGAGCAAAGUCUUACUCCUCUUGAAAGUGUUUCUGGCGAUGAGGCCCUCCUCAACAUUGAAGAUGAGUCUCCGCUGAGUGGGGAAAGCCUAGAGGAGCCGCAGCAAGAUCAUGGUGUGUCUCUAGAUGCCAGGUCACUGAGCUCUUUCUUCAAAGAUGUCGAGGAAUCGUCUCUGUUCCAGGGUGAUGACUGGAUUCAUUUCAGCAACAGCAUUGCCAGAGAUUGUGAUGCGGCUUUCAACAGCUCGAUUUGCGCCUCUCCUUCUGUCAAUUUUGAAGCUGGUCAAAGGGAAGCCUCGCCCUUCUCACUCGAGUUCAGACCCCCUUCUGUGGUCCACCAGACUCCUGAGGUGACUCCGGCCCCUCCUUCUGUUACAAGUACCGCUACUACCGGUCCUUGGGAUUUGAGACCACUUCCCCCACCACCUCCUCAGUCAGAAUCGGUAUUACGUGAUAUCGUGGAAGCGCAGUCAACUCGAAAUCGAAAGAGCUACAACAGCAGCUUUGACGAUGCUGCGACUCUUGUUGUCCCUGGGCUGAACAUAACCAAGUCAGAUAUGCCUGCUUCGCUCUCUGUACCACCGAAGCCGAAGGACUAUCGCGUGGUCUCUGCUCCAGCAUAUGCUCAAUACGGACGAGAUUCCCGGCAGUUGCCCUCCAUUUAUAAGAGCAAUGAAGGCAGCACGCCACAAGCUCGAGCUGUUUCAGCACCACAGCACCGAGCGUCAGCCCCAUUGCCGACUCCACAUGACAACCGAGGACUGGAGUAUCUCGCUAAGGCCGAGAGAACCAUCCGCGUUGUUCAUUCACCGUCGGCACCCAAGACUGUUGGGAACCCUGUCGUUCCAGAGCCCUUGAAUGUACGCAAGAAGCUUUCACGCGGGUACACUGAUCCGUAUGGCGACGUGGUGCGUGGUAUUGACCUGCGACAACAGUUCGCUCGUCACAGCCAGCUACAAGAUCUUCCUGAGGAGCCCACUGUCUCAUCGCACAGUAAUGGCUCUUCUAUUGGCCAGAAGAAGAAGAAGCUGUCGUCGUGGUUCCGCCGAACUUCCAAGGAUGACGUGAAGGAGGGCAUGGCUCGGAACUCCAGCCGCCAAUCUCAGCAUUCUGGUGCGACUUAUCCUAAGAGAAUGGAGUCGACCUCGACGAACCCGCCGCCUCCAAUUCUGGAGCCUACGAAGAAGAAGAGCCUGAUCUUCUCACUCUUCAAGGCCACCAAGAGCGAGCCCCGUCCGGAGCAUGAGGAGCCCGCUAAGGUCGAGCCUCUCACGAGAUAUUCGAGCCGUUCAACCCAGAUCUACGGCCGACGGAACACUGAUAUGGCCGAGCGCCAGAUCGAGCCGCAACAGAACUGGCUAGCCCGCCUCUUCCGCGUGAAGCCGGCAACGAGGACUCUGUGUCUCGCCAUCUCACGUCGUCGCGCUCGCCAGGAAGCUACCAUCUUGCUACGCGAGUGGCGCAAGUGGGGAAUGAGGGAUGUUGAGGUCGACAAGGACCGCAACAUCAUCUUUGCGCGAGUCGGCAAGAAGAACUAUCUGAAAAUCAAGGAAGUCUCCUUUGCGCUUGAGAUCAUGACGGUCAUCGAGCACGGCAAGCGCAACCAGCUGAGCAUCAUCCGCUUCACGCAAGAGAAGGGCGCUGCGAGCAGCUUCCACAAGGUGGUCGACACCACCGCCAGCGUUUUUGCUAACCGUGGUCUCCUCGUCGCUGACAAGCGCAAGGCCAAGAUGAUGGUCCGGACUCUUGACUCGUGA